CUCGUUAGAAGGCGCUCAAAUCAGGUUGUUUACAAAUGGCGACGACCGUGAACUGAAGCAACAGGUCAAAAUAUAUAGUGCUUCCACAUAUUAGCCAAAGUGCUUGGGUGUUUCUUAUGAAAGAAACCUGAGAGAUUUUGUGUGGGAAAUAACAUCAGAUAUAUUGUAAUUUGUGAAGCUCACCAUGGCCAGAAGGGGAGGGACCUUACCUGCGCUUCGUGCCCCUUACGCAGCAACUGAAAGUCAGGAGUACGGAAUUACCUACAGAAACAGCCCUCGCCCAGAGGAAAUAGUACCAAGAGAAAGUAGGGGGCCGUCCCGUCUGGACAUUUUGGAAGAGAGGCUUGCCCAACAAGAAAGGAACACCCAAACAUUAAUUGAUCGGGCUUUUAAGAUCAAAGAGGAUGUGAUUGACAGUCUCAACUUUACACAUGGCACGUGGCAGGAGGAGAAACAUGCUCGGUCUAUGUUACAAGAACAUAUUCGUACUAUCACCGCCAUUGUCAACAAACUCAACACUGACAUCGCUAUGGUAGAUGAUCAGUUGCGGCACCGAGACAAUGCAACUGUUGGAACAAAUAAUGCAGUCAAGAAUCUUGAAGUACAUCAUGUCGCCUCACUGACUGACCUACGGGGCAGAAUUGUGCGCUGUGAUACGUCCAUCGCAAAACUGUCAACCGAUUUACGACAAAGUCAGGAGGCCAUGAAACAAUUAGGCAACUUCUCAGCAGACGGCAACAACAAAGUGUUGGACCGAGUCCACCAACUGGAGUCCAGGGAAAAAGUGGAGCGGCGGAUGGACGAGAAUCACUACGUCACAGAUGCACGACUAGCAAAGUUAGAGGAGGGGCUUCAUGAGGAGAGGGCACGCAUCACUGAUCUCCAACACCAACUUGAGUCCAAGCUAAUGCUGAAGUUGGACAACCAUAUAAAGACGAAUGCGGAGGAAUUUGGACGGUUAAAGCGCGAGACGAGGGAAGGUUUCUCUACCGUACAUGAGAGCAUCAGCAAUAUGAAAACAGUCAUGGAAGGGAAACGCAAACUUCUCGAAGAUCAACUCAGAAAAGAAAUCGGUCAAAUCAGGAAAAUGGUCGUACUUGUAUGAUUUCAGAAAUUGCCAGGCCCUUAUCUAUGUUGAUUUUAUGACAAAGACACGUUUACUGUCAAAAUUAGAAGGUGCAUGUAGAUGUAUGGUGUUUAUAGGGUAACUAUGGCCAAUCAUUGUAGUUUAUCGUUGUUCAAGUUAUUUAAUACAAGUACAGUAAUAUUGAGCAAUGCAUGUAAGCUUAGUCAGCACGGAACCAUGCAAGUCAAAUGUUCUAGUCGACCGGUAUAGAGGCAGAGUAUCACAGAAUGUAGGCAGGCCUCGAUGACAUUGGAGGUGAAUAUAAACUAGGAUUGGACAGUUUAUGUGGACCUGACUAAACAUAGGACAUAGAAAGAUUGUCCUUAGUUACAACUGACUUAACUUAGGCCAUAGAAAGAUUGUCCUUAGUUACAGCUGACUAAACAUAGGACAUAUAAAGAUUGU